AUGCCUUCUCUUUUGCAGAAGUUCCUGCUGGGAAUCCCCCUGGCAUGUCUGGCUAGCGGUCAUGUUAUUAAUGGUUCCCUCCCCUCGAACUAUAAGAUCGAUGUUCAUUCCCAUGUCAUCCCGCCGAUUUGGAAGAAGGAACUGAUAUCUGCAGGGUACCCAGUUAAGAAUGGUACCUUGUAUACAGAUGGCUUCGCUGUCCCGGAUUGGACAUUGGAUUUACACAUUAGCACCAUGGACAGUCUUGGGGUUAAUUAUUCGACAAUGAGUGUCAGCGCCCCUGGCGUCUUUUUCUUAAAAGAGGCCCAAAAGGCCAAAUCCUUAGCCCGCAGCAUCAACCUCGCGCUUCAUAACUACACUCAAGCUUACCCGACUCGACUUGGAGCCCUCUGUCUUCUCCCUCUACCUUAUGUUGCCGAGGCAGUUGAUGAGUUAAAGUUUUGCCUAGAUACUCUCGGGUUUGCUGGAGUGGGACUAUUCACCAACUCCAAUGGGACCUAUUUGGGUGACUCUUCCCUUGACCCUAUCUUCACAGCCUUGGACGAGCGCAAUGCCAGCGUGUUUGUCCACCCGGCCUCCCCGGACUGCUCAUCUGUCGCCCUGGACUGGCCCAUCCCGAUGACCGAGUAUCCUUUCGAUACCGUGCGUGCCAUUGAGAACAUGCUGCUGACGGGUCAACGUGCGAAAUAUCCGGAUAUCAAGAUGAUCUUUGCCCACGGUGGUGGUGCAAUUCCCUUUCUAGCCACCCGAAUCGCCGGCAUGGCUUCCCUUCCCUUGUUGGGUGGGCUGUCAAUCCCUGACUCCCUGGCGCAACUCGCCGGAUAUUAUUUCGACACCGCUGCCUCAACUUCUGCUAUUCAGCUGACAGCUCUGAAGAGCUUUGUUGGCGCCGAUCAGAUUGUGACUGGAACUGACUAUCCGUAUGUUCCUUCUUCGCAGGCGAUACCGGGAUUGUCCGCGAUCCAAGGUAAUGGCAACUUUACCAUAGCGGAGAUGGGUAACAUCAAUAAUCAGAAUGCCUUGACAAUUUUCCCGCGGAUCGUGAAAGCUUUGGAGAGCAACUGA